AUGUCUAUGGCCGAUGAUCGAUCCCAGCCAAAAACGUGUAUCAUCUAUCUAUUGAACUUUUUCUUCUCUUCUCCUUCCAUUUCUCUUCAUCACCCUUCGCUCUCUCUAUUUCUAACCCUUUCUUUCUUAAUCCUCCCUUAUUUCCUCCCCUUCCCUCUUUCUUCCCCUCUGCUUCUCUCUUCCUCGCGCUCUCAUUCUUCUGAAUCCCACUGUUUCUUACCUACCUCACACUCUUUCUCUCCUCCCCUUCUCUCUCAUCUUAUCUCUUUCUCUCGCUCUCUUACUUUCUCUCUCUCUCUCUCUCUCUCUCAUUCUUACCCCUCCUCUCUUUCUCUCGCUCUCUUACCUUCUUUCUUUUCUCUCUCUCUCUUAUCUUCUCUCUUUCUCUCAGACGUUCUCUCACUCAUACGUUCUCUCGCUCGCUUGCCUUCUCUCGCUCUCUCGGUCUCUUGA